GGGGCGGAGCAGCGUGGGUGUAACGCACUGGGCAGCUCGGCCGGGGAUCUGAUGCGCGUUGCUUGGUUCCGCUGGGAAAGAGGUCCGCGGAGAUGGAGGUGACUGCUCUCGCGCCAGGAGGUAGGUGGGCCCGAGACCCGUCGGGUACCUGCACCUGCAUGUCGACGUCGCCUUUGUACCCCACCUGUCUGGUUUCCCUUUCACCCCCCCCCCACAACCCUGCGAGGUGGGUUCCUUAGGCGGACAGGCUGUCAGGUCGCCGGGCAAGUAGUUUCCUGGUGCAGCGGUUUCUGCAUUCCACACGUCAAGGCCAGCCCUGCUGGGUAGACCCUUUGAAGUCAGCAGCCAGGUUAUUUAUUUUACAAUUAUAUCCCACCUUCCCCCCCCAGGGGGGUCAAGGUGGCGUCCUUGGUUGUCCUCCUUCUGGUUCGUCCUCACAACAGCCCUGUGAGGUAGGCUAGGUUGAGAGACAAUGACUAGCCCAGGGAACUUGGUGGCUGAGUGGGGAAUUUGAACUCUGGUCCCUCCCAGGGUAACUCCACAUUCUAACCAUUGUGUAGGUUCAUUCAUUUCUGCUCCGAGUUGAACUUUGAGGAAUGCAAUCCAAGGUGUCUUAUAUGGCUCAUGAACAAAAUGCAGGUCACCAGUCUAAGGUGGUUUUGCGGAGUAAAGACGGAAGUGUUGAACCAGUAGUGCUGAACUUCUCAUUCCUGUCCACCUCCCAGAAAUCCUGCUUUCAUCCUGGAGAGGCUGCCCUUUGGGUGUCCUUGAUAGCAGCAGGACAACUGAAGGGAACUCUGAGUGGAGCAUAGGACACCAAGCAAAGCUCUGCAGAAAAAUCUGUCUGGCACUGCCUUCUUCCUUGCUCAGACUUGAUAAAGCGGUAUCUCGGCCUGGGUGAUCCUCCCUUGUCAUGUGACCAGCUUUCUGCAUAAAGCGGAGGGCGGCAUGUCAGCAAGUUUUGCAGUGCUUUUAUUUAUUUAUUUAUUUAUUUAUUUGUGCUUGCAAACUGCUUUAAAAAUCUCCAAGCAGUGUGUACAACAUAAAAGUGAUAGGCAAUAUCAUGAGAACAACAACAAAAAAUAGAAACCACUAAAAACAGCCACAGUAAAGGAACCGUCUAAAAACGAAAGUGGAUGUUCGAGAGAAUAAAAACAGCACCUGAUCUUGUGGGUCCAAUUUUCAUGUAUUACAGAGGGAAGGGCAUUUCAUGGUAUAGUGGUGCCGUGAGUGGAAUUUCCCCAGAUAAUUUAAGUGAUUUUACAGAUCUAUAAAGGGCUAGGCAGACUUAGCAUAGAGGGGGAAAGUCCCAUGUUUGAUCUUGGGUCUCUCCAAGUCAGUAUAGACAGCACUGAGCUACAUGGGCCAGUCGUCUGGUAACUGUAGAAGACAGUGCUUGUUCUCUGUGUUUCUGGACACUUCCAUGUCCAAGAAUCACUCUAGGUGAGAGCGGCGUUGCCUUGUUCCUGUGUAACUCGGUAUCUGAUUUCACUUCUCUUCCAGCUAUCAGGAAGAAGCUCUGAUGGAUACUUUGCCUUUGACACCAGGAGAGCUGGUGUGUUUAGGAUCCAGCCUGGCUUUCUCUGGUCUCUUUUAUUACCUACACAGGAAGAAAGCCAAGGUGGUGACCAAGAUCCAGGUACGCUGUUGCACAUCCUGCUUCUUCCUUGCUCUUGGGAGAACAGAUCAGAGUGAUAUUUAGCAUCUAUACAGCUUGUCUCAAGUAUUCAAAGCAUUUCCUAUGUUGCUUCAAUCAUCUUUACGAUAGUACUAUAUGAUAGUCUGGUAUUUAUCCACAUAUUGUAGCUGGAGUUCAAGGGAGUGGAGUGCUAGAACCCAGGGUAGUUAGAAGGGUUUCCCAAUGGUUGUCACUUCAGGGCAGACACAAGAUAGCAUCCCUUUGCACAGCAUAGAAGUGUAGAGUUGGAACGGACCAUGAGGAUCAUCUAGUCUUCAUAUAUGGGAAUCUUUUGCCCAACGUGGGGCUCAAACCCACAACUAUGAGGUUAAGAGUCUCAUGCUCCACCAACUGAGCGAAAUUCACUACCCUGAGAUUUUGGGAUGGGCACGGAAAGGGUUCGGGGGUAGAAUUCUGCCAAGCAACUUACAGGGUGUUGCUGGAAACUGAAUGCUUGGCUAGAUGGGCUUUUGGCCUAAACCAGCAGGGUAGCUUUGAAGUGUAAAUUUAGCAGAGAAGUUUUGAAGUGUGAAUUGGGCAGCUUUUAAGGUGGCACUCGCAGAAAAAUCUGCAUAGAUCAGGGUUAGAGAGCCUGUGGCACUCCAGAUCUUGUUAGACUCCAGCUCCCAUAACCUCCAGCCCACGUGACCAGUUGUCAGGAACGAUGAGAGUUGUAGUCCAGCAACUUCUGGAGGACCGUAGGCUCCCCAUCCCUGCCGUUGAUGACCUUGGGGCAUAGGGAGGAAUGUACGGAGAGAGAUCGUCCAUUAGUUCCCAAGCCGCACAGCACCAAAUCAAUGUGCUGCUUUUAACUAUUAAAGCCCUACAUGGUUUGGGACCCCUGUCCCUAAUGGGACAUCUGUUUGCUUAUGUAGCUACCUCUGCUCUGAGACCAUCUGUGGAGACCCUCUUCUGAUUGCCACCUAAUUCUGAAGCACACAGGGUGGCAAUGAGAGAGAUGGCCUUGUCGGUGCUGGCCCCCUAUUUAUGGAACUCUGUCUCUAAAGAGGCUCUCCUGAUACCUACUUUAAUGUCAUUUUGGUCCUGGACGGAGACCUUUCAAGGCUGCAAUCCUGACCCCUUGAUGGAGUAAUAAUAAUAAUAAUAAUAAUGAAAUUUUAUUUGUACCCCACCCUACCCGGCCGGAGCCAGGCUCAGAGCAGCUAACAUCCUAUAAAUAAUACAAUAUGCAUAAAAACAAGCAAUCAAUUGAUUAAAAUGCAUCCCUAAAAUAAUUAAAAUAAAUUAAAAUUAAAAUAGCACAGGCAGCACCACACCUGCAGUCCUGUGGCUCACCCUGGCCAGAGCAGAAGAGUGGGGGUGGAUAAAUGCCCCUUUUUAUAUCAUCAUCAUCAUCAUUUUACUAUUUAUAUGCCAGCCAUCUGACUGAGUUGCCCCAGCCACUCUGGGCGGCUUCCAGCAAAAUAUAAAGGUGUAAUAAAACAUCAAACAUUAAAAACUUCCCUAUAUGGGGCUACCUUGAGAUGUUUUCUAAAAGUCAAAUAGUUGUUUAUUUCCUUGACAUCUGAUGGGUGGGCAUCACUGCCGAGAAUGCCCUCUGCCUGGUUCCCUGUAACUUGGCUUCUCGCAGUGAGGGAACUGCCAGAAGGCCCUCAGAGCUGGACCUCAGUGUCUGGGCUGUACAGUGGAGGUGUUGUGCCAACUCCCAGGCUGGUGUAACAAAGAGGACUGGUGCAGGCACAUUGCCACUGUGUGACAGCAUCUGAGUUCACACAGGACACUAGGGACCCUGUACUGGCGUCGUCACAUCCUAUUCCAGGGGUUUCCACUGGUUACAGGCAGCUGUUUGCACUUUCUGCUCGUUUGCCAUUUAGGCGGGUGCACUGGGGCAGCAGGGCCCUUGGUGACAAGGCUUCCUGCCAUGGCAGAGCUCUUCCGCUGGCAGAGGUGGGUGGAGGGGCACCCCCAUGUCAAUCCAUCUCACUCUAACAUGGAGGAUGGUGGGGGCUUGGAUUCUUUCUGGCCCUUUUAACAUUUAUAACAUUGCCAGUUUCAGCCUCCGUAUAAUUUGAUGGUGUUUAGCUUUAGCUUGCAUUUGGGUUUUUAGCUUUGAUAUUAUUGCACUGGUGCAGAUCCUUUUUCCUCCCUUGCCAAUUAGCUGUGUUAUUUUGAAAUGUUUGCAAUCCGCUGGUGUCUUGCUAUAUUUUAACGUUUGCUCUAUAUUGGAUCAUCUCUCACCUAGAGGCUCGUUGCACAAGAAAACCGAUCAACAUAAGAUAUACAGUUCUUAUGACAUAGAGAAUUGACUAGAAUGGUUGAAUCGGAAGCUCAGGAAAGAACUUAGAUUUGAACUCGGGACUUAACGUUUUUUCUUAUACUGCUUCUUCCAUUUAAACCCUUACUCGUUUUUCUUCUUCCAUGCAGGAAGCGCCAAAGCUUCAAGUCAAUGACAGUCUUCCCAGCAUCCUCUCUGCCACAGGAAGCAGCUGCCUAGGCUAUGUUGCCGUUGAAGGUAAGGGGCCCCUGAGGUUAUUUUGCCUGGCUUUGGAAGCCAUCAGGGCCACAUCAGAGCACCUCAGCCCUUUUCUAUUGCAUUCAGAGUUCUUUGCACAAAUUCUGCCAGGAGAAACAGCAAAUCUCUGCUGUUGGGAUUUAUUGCAGGUUUGUAAAUGGUCAGCUGUGGUGAGCAGGAAUUGCCUCCAGGAGACCAGGCAGAGAAAUUUUUGUAAAUGAGAGAGAGGGAGAACUGAAUGGCGCGUCUCUGUUUGAAGUCCCAGGCUUACUAUAUGCAUUGCCUGGAAUCUUGAUCCAGUUGGUAGAACAUGAGAUGCUUAAUUUCAGGGUCAUGGGUUCAAGCCCUUCGUUGGGCAAAAGAGUCCUGCGUUGCAAGGACCCUUGUGGUCCUUUCCAGUGCUACAAUUCUCUGAUUCUUUCAUCUUCUCUCAGUGCCUGUUUCAUUUCUUGGGUUCCAUCUAAGUGGGUCGGAAUGGGGUGGUUCUUAAACACCUGUAAAUCACUUGGAGAGUGAGGCUGUACUUUAACGAUGGAGGGAUGCAAUCUCCUUCUCUUGGGGUUAGUGAGCUGGAUUACACAUUCUCCCCUGCCCAAUAUGUUGUUGCUUUGAGUCACGUCCAAAAACGAUGUUGCAAUAAAAGUAGAGCGCCUGCUUUUCAUGCGGAAGGUCUCCGGUUCAAUCCCUGGCAUCUCCAGUUCAAAAUGGGAAUUGUCUCCUCUCCGAAACCCUGGAGAGGCGCUGCUGGGCAGUGCUGGUGAUACCAAACUGAUAGCCAGACUCAGACUCUGCAUCGAACACCCUGCCCUUUCUUUCCCGGACCCCCGUCUCCUUCUCUCCUUCUUUAGGAGUAGUCCAGCCCGUCGAGACGGCUCUGACCAGCCCAUACCAUGAAGAACUGCAGGGGGUGAUCGAGAGGCUUGUGCUAAAGGAGCACCGACUGAUCUGGAAUAGCUUGGCCCGCAGCUGGUAAGCAAGAGAAGAGCCUUGGAAGCAGCUUCUUUUGAGGCAGCCCCAUUGGCUGGCAUGUGCUGUAGAUCAGGCUGCCCAAGGAGAGCAUUGGGGGUACAUAGGAAGCUGCCUUACCCAGAGUCAGACCAUUGAUUCAUCGGCUGCCUGCUCUAGCUGGCAGAGGCUCUCAGGGGUUUCAGGCAGAGAGGGCUUUUCCCAGCCCUGCCUAGAUAUGCUGCGCGUUGAACCCUUUGACCUGAUGCUCUGCUGUAGAGCUGUGGUCCUUUCUUAGGUGGGACGUGUGCUGGCCUAUCAAGGCAGGAGUAGAUUCCUCAGUGCUUGGGAAUGCCGCACAAGGGAUGUUGGCAGGAGGACGGGACAACCAACCUGUCAAUCAUGUGACAUCAUGAUAAUAUGUGAUUGACAGGUGGGCUGAUCCACCCACCUGCCAAAGUUGGCCUUUAAAGCCCAAAAAGAUCCCCCAGCCCUUCUUUUAAACAUUUUUCUAGAAAUUCUGCAAGACCCUAUUUGGCUUUUGGUAGGGCUAGAGGUAUAUCUUUAUCAGUGGACGGGAACAUAAAACCCUUCCGAGUAGGAUGCCAGGUACCACAGCUCAGUGUCCUAAGAAUCUCUGCUUUUAAAAAGAAAAGGAAAAUAUAGCCCUUUUGGCUGUGUAAAUGUCCUUACAGUCAAUUGAGCAUCAUUUGGUGGCCAUAUUUCUAGUGAGCAAGGCUUUAUUUAGUGUCCUGAAUAAAGUGUCCUUUAUUUAUGCCGCCUCCCCAUAACUUGCAAAGAAAAAAUGACUAAGGACGCAGGUGCAAACAUACUUUGUUUACACCACCAAGGCACCUUACAGAUUUAAAUUAUUCUUGGUGCAGAAUUCGUUCCCUUUCGGCAAUGUAGAAAUCACAAGGUUUUGGUGGCUGCAGCUCAUGGGGAGUCUGGUUUUCAUACGGAUGCCCAUUGCCUGUAGGUUGCAGCCCUGCCUAAUCCUCGGGGUGGAGCAGGCUAGAAUGUGCCAGACGAGAAACGGUUAGAUCAGUGCAGCCUUGCAUUCCAGCAGAAGUGUUGCAGCAUGAAUGCCCCUGGUGGUCAGUGCUGUUUGGGGGAGAUUUCAGACAGCUCCAAAAGCUGCUUCCUCGGCCGCCCUGCCCCAGCCCCUCUCCUCAGAGCUCUCUACCUCGUUGCAGGACGGACAGCGAGCGGGUGGUACUGGAGCAAGUCCACACGGUGCCGUUCGUCCUGGCGUCCCCCAGCGGCAAGGCCUCGGGGCAGGUGUGCGUGGAGUCGCCCCUCCAUGCCGUCGAGCUGCCCGUGGAGACGGUGUACGAGCGCUUCCAGCAGACCUCGCACGGCUUCAAGGACUUGCUCAGCCACUACCUGAGCGGGGAGAAGCCCAAGGGCUUCCUGGAGACAGAAGAGAUGCUCCUGGUGGGGAGCAGUCUCACUGGCAUCGGUGAGCUCACCCUGCACCGGGACGGCUCCCUCCACCUCCAGCCCCCAGCGGACGGCACCGGCUACUUCCUGCGCCUGGGGGACUGGGAAACCAUCCUGGCUGACCUGCGCUCAGUCAGCAGCUUCUGGAAGUGGGCUUCGCUGCUGUGCGGCUUGGCGGCUGCGGCUGUCAUCCUCCGUGCCCUUUGCCGAGCUUACCACCGUCACAAGGUGCACCAGGAGCAGGAGGCGCAGCGGCAGGAGUUUGAGAACCUCCGGCGCCACCAGAGUGCCGGUCUGGAUCUGUCAGAAGAACCACCUGAGAAUGCCUGUGUCAUCUGCCUCACCAGCCUCCGCGAGUGCGUCCUGCUCCCCUGUGGGCACGUCUGCUGCUGCUUCCGCUGCUUCCAGGCCUUCCCCAGCCGCACCUGCCCCAUCUGCAGGAGCCCCAUAGACCGGGUGGUCCCCCUCUAUCAAGCCUGAGGGCACAGCUUUGGGUGAUGUUGAAAGUGUCCCACUAGGUGCCCCCAGGAGAGCCUGCGAAAGUUAAGAGAACAGGCGUGCGAUUGCAUGGAAAGCGAGGGUGUCCUUUAGUGAUGUAGGCGUGCAAACUCCACCUCUUGAGCUGGAUGCACAUUCUCCUCCACCGCCCAAAAAUUAUUGUUCCUAAGAGGUGUGUCCAAAGAUGAUAUUGCAAUAGUUAGGUCAUCAUCUCGGCACUCCUAGGCUGGGAAGGAGCUGCAAGCUGUGUUGAUCCAUUGCACUUUCUGCCCAGGGGCAUGGAAGGAGCCCCUGAGCUACUUGGACCUCUCCUGCCCAUGUGCCAAGUUGCCGCAGGAGACAGGAGGAGGACCUUGCAGAUUCAGCAGCGGGUGAGGAUCUUCAUCCCCAACUUCAGCUUCUUGGAAUCUGGGCCACGCUCCACUCUGAGGCAACCUCUCUGAGCCCAGCUGACUACCAUCUCUCCCUGCUUUGACCUCCCCGGCCCCCAAGGAAAAAGGGUCGCAGUGGGUUAAAGGCAACACAUUUUAGAAAAACUUGCUGGAAGAACCACUUGUUCUUGUGCUGUACUGUAAGCCGGAUUUAGAUUUCAUAGUAGAGUUUUGUUUUUAUGGAACACCUCCCUCUGUUAGCAAGCAGGACACAGGAGUAUUUACUUGCUUGGUGUAAUGUCACGGCCUCUGCAACGGGACUUCUGCUGCAGCUGCAGGAUCUGUGGGGAUGACUGACCUGGCCUCACGUUUGGGUAGGAAGGUUUUCAGUGUUGCACCAGCCUCAUUUUAGCUGCCUUAGCCUAGACAAUCAUCCCACAGGUAGCCAAGGUGGGAACGGGGCAAGCAGGGGUCUGCUAAAAGCAGGCUGGCAGCUGUAGGUGAAAUGUGCCAACUGUACUCUAGCUCUAAUCCCUUACGGUUGCAGUCCUGCACCUGGGAGCUCAGGGCAAUUCCUUUCCCCAUUGAGUUGACCCAAUCCCUGAGCAGCAGGCUGUUGCUCAGUCACGGUCUGCCAGUGGUCCCCUUGCUCAUCCUGGAAUUACUUGGAUCUGUUUCCCGUUUCAAGUGCAGAAGCACUUGAGGCAGAGAGUCAGACAAGUUCUGGGUGAGCAUCCCAUUGUGUUGUUCAACUGGCUGAUGUCUUGCUGGUGAGGACUUGCCUUCCUGGGCUGGCGUCUCCCACCCCGCGGAUUAUUCACAUCAAGCUCCUGGUGGAUUAGCAACAGUCCUUCAGCUUGUCUUAGUCUUUCUGUACUGGCUGUUUGGACUGAUGCGUUUGCUCUCCUCUGGGCAUGAGCCGAGCGCUGGCAGAGCUUCACUGAGCAAAUGUGGAAUCAAGGCUUAUUGAUAAAUUGAUGAAUCUUUCAGAGCCUGCCUUGUCUCUUUAAUCUAAACACCGCUGGAGUCGAAGCAAAGGGGGGAGGAAGGGCAGACAGGAGUAUCUGAGGGGAGGGUCCUUAUCUUUGGAAAGCAAGAACGAAGCAGCAGAACUUUGGGAGGCGGAGGGGUGUAGAGAAGGAAACAAGCUUGCUCCAUCUUCCUUGAGAUACUUGAACAUAUCAGAUCUUCUGUCAGUCUCCUCUUUCCCAUGCUAAACAUAUGCAGCUCAUAAGGCUUAGUUUGGGGAUGCCAAUUCAGCACUUUCUCGGAUUCACUCGGGCCCCAUUUAAUUCUCACAACAACCCUGUGAGGUAGGCUAGGCAGAGAGGCUGUGACUGGCACCCAAGGCUGCCCUGUGGGUUUCAAGGCUGAGUGGGGAUUUGAACCCUGGUCUCCCAGUCGAGCAAACUAACCACUACACCACUCCUGCUCUCCUUGGUAGUCCAGCAAUUGCUGGAAUGACCAGAAUUCAGACACUCCUGGCCAGCUGCUGGCUGGUGGGUGGCUCCUUGUCUACAAGCUUCUUAAGGAGCAAAGGGCCUGGCCUUUCUCCUUAGUUUUUGUGGGCCAAAGCACCAGGGCUCCCAGAGGACAGGUGGGGGGCCCGACUAGGGCAGGAGCCUCAGCAGUGUAUAGGCAACACGAUGACAUGUACACGCUCAAUAAACACUCUUUUAUAGAAUAACGUCAAACCAUAACAAGUCCAAAAUGAAAUCUUUAGUCUCAAAGUCUCUGAAAAUCUUUAAAGGAAGCGAGGUAUCAGACUUUGUACGAUGAAAGACAAGCUGUGAAGCUUUGUGUAUUCAGCAAAUAUGAUGUCCAACACUGAAACAGUGAUUCCGGAUAUAGACUACUGUUUUGUAGAAUUCUUCGUCAGCAUAGUGGGAGGAUAUAGAAUGAAUGUAUGAAAAUAUCAAAUGCUGUGGAACAGUGCUCAUGUAAUAAUGUAGUUACUGCAGUGACUACGUUAUUACACGAGCACUGUUCCACAGCAUUUGAUAUUUUCAUUUACAUACAUUCAUUCAAAAUAAGGUGGGUUUAUGAAGCAAUUCUAUAUCCUCCCACCACGCUGCCUAUACAUUGCUGACGUUCUCUUUGCAACAUAGGACAGGAGCUUGGCAGGCCCUGCUGUAUGAACUUUCCCUGUGCAGUUGCUGAGUCCAGGACUUCGAUCUGGUUGAUUUGUACCUAUCGUUCUAGUUGAUUUGUAGCUCACUUUUGGCAAGGGAGGGGGCCAAGAAAAGAGAGAGGGAUUUGAGAGUGAGCUGAGGGGAAGCAAAGAUCCAUUUCAAGCAAUCGUAUGAUUCAGCUUUUCUGUGGGUGUGAGCUCACUAUGCCCCCAGCUGGCUGCUGGAGGGGGGGGGGAUCCAUCCAGCGCAGAGUUGACUCAGCGUCCCCGAGCUGCGCCUCCACCCCGCGAUUGCAAAGCAAACAAACACCCUCUGAAGAACAAUUGGAGAAGAAACAGCGGUGCAAGUUCAGGAAGGCGUCAAUUUGCCUAAUUAUUCCCUUGUAGGAGCUGGGGGUUUUGUUUCUUAAAACACCAAUUUCCAAGCCACAUGAUCAAAUUGGUCUGUAGAGCAAAGCCAGCAGUCUCUUAAGUGGAAAGAUGGUGGAGAAAUUUGAGUGCAAAGAAAAGAGAACACACAAACACAACCGCGUAAACUGACAGGCUUAAUGCGAUGUCUAGGGGUGGAGUUGGCAAAGAAGGCUCAUGAGCUGCAGAGGUGGCUUGAGGUUUGCACUUUGAGUCCGAGGCAUCCCAAACCAGCCUCUUAUUCUCCUGCCACAAGCAGGGGGAGUCUGUUGCUCUUGUUUAUAGACGUAGGUCCAGGCAGAGCCCAGUGGUAGAAGCUGUACUGGCACCAAUCCACCUAAAAAAUGAUGGAGGCUCAGCCUCCCUGUGGACGUUCAGGGUUUAGUACUAAAGCACCAGGACCCAUCUUUUGGAACAAGGACAUGGAGCCUGUUAAGACUACAACUCCUAUCAUCCUUGACCAUUUGCUCCGCUGGCUGGGACUGAUGGGAGCUAAAACCUAACAUGCUUAGGAGAACCAAGAGUUCCCUGUCCCUGCCUUAGGGGACCUUGGCUUGCCAUUGUUUUAAAACAGAAAUAUUUGCGUUGUAGAAAAUGCAGGCAAAAAUGGACCACAAGAGCCUGCUGGAUGAGGCCAAUGGACCAUUCAGUCCAGCAUCCUGUUCUCACAGUGGCCAGGAUUCGAGCGCAAGAGCCAUUCUCUCCCCUCUUGUGAACUUGCUUCAGCCAUGUAGUUUACAGGGUGACCUUAGGCCAGCCUACCUCACAGGGCCGUUGUGGGGAUUAAAUGAGGGGGAGAGAACCAUGUAGACCAUCUUGAGCUCCUUGGUGAAAUAUGCGGGAUAUAAAUAAAUGAUUAAAAAAAAUAAUACUAGCUUAAAGGGUACCUAGUGCAGAAAUUAACACCAGCAAGUUCCAGGGCACAGAGUUCUUGGGACAGCGUGUUUGCGACAUUCCAGGGGAUGAUAGGAUCCUUGAGGCAGGUGGAGCCUUCAUUCCCCCCCCUUAGCCUCGCCCUUGUAGGGUUGAAUGCCCCCACCCCCAGCAUAGGAACCCUAGUUGAUCCCAUUGGCCUUGUGGGUGCAACACACUCCCCACUGCAUCUAGGGAGCUGAGAGUGAGCUGCUGCUUUCUGAUAGUGACUUUCCAGAGCAUGGUUUAAAUAUGUGGGGUAUAUUUUGCUAGUCCUUUUUUAACGCCAGUCCUAGAAUCAGAGAAUUGUAAAGGGACUCCAAAGGUCAUCUGGUUCAACCCACAAGCCUCGGUAGGCUGGAAGCACACGACUGGGUGCAAGAGUCCCUGCACCCUCACCUCUGGAAUAGAUGGUUUGGGGCUGGGAUUAGGGGAGCCGGUCAGUAUGCACUCAAAGGGGGAGCUUGAACCCCCAAAGUCUGAGAAUGCCAGCUUAAGCAAGAACUGAGCAAGAGAUGGUUGGCUUAUUAUUUCAGCUAUGAUUGGAAAACAGGCAUCUGUUUUAUACAGGUGAUUGUCUGCAGUCUUUGGGAAACCCCAAAAGUAACCCACUUCCCACUCCAUAAUAAAAGCACCGGCAAAAUCAGACCAGUAAGGGCUGCACAUUAUUAGUGGUCCCACAACACUGAAUGGCUGGCUUGGGGGGGUGCAGUGGGGAGAGGAAUGGAGAAUGGUUGUGGAUCCCAUUUGUAUAAAUUGACUUCCAGAAAGGUAGUCAUGUGUUUAUGGGUGGCAGCAAGAAGAAAAACAACACUAAUCCCUCCUUAAAGGCGAACAGAUUUAUUGUGUUAAAAAUACCUUUCAGGCUUGCUUUUAAUGAUUGGUUGAAAAGAAGACCUUUUUUUCUUCUUCUCUCAUUCAGAAGCUUCCCACAUUAGCAAACUUGGAGGACCAGGUGGAACGGGGCUGGUUAAAUAUUUGUGUGGCAUUCAAGGAGAUGGAAAAAGCUGGUCCCGCCAGUUGGCUUGUGAAGCAAUACUGUCUGCCUCCAGCAGGGGGAGGAAGACAGCCUUUGUAUUAUAAUGGGUGGCUGUUGUUAACAGAUCUGGAUUUCUACAGACUCAUCUUCAUCAAUAAUUGGUAAAAGGAGGGACUCAAAUGUGUAGCCCAAAUGGUUAAGGUACUUCCGGACAAUUCACAAAGCUGACAUUUGGUAAAUAUUUAGACAAAUCUGAAAGGCAAAGCUCUGCCGAAUCUCUCCUCAGAAACAAAGGGCAAGCAGUGUAUUCCGAGAUGUUUGAGGUAAUUCUAGGCCACCUAGAAAACUGAUAUCUCGUACUUUACAGAUCUCCAGGAAACUUUAAACAUGGGAUUUUUUAUAUAUAUCUCAUCAUGAAACAAGAGCAUGGAUUUUAUCUCAUAGGACAGCCCAGCAUUCCAUCACAGAACAAGCCAGGCCACACAUGGGCUGGAAGGCUAGGCUAGUUUUUGUUCUUAAAAGGCUCCUGCCAGAGCAUUUAUUUGUUUAUUUAUCCAGGUGAUUUAUAAAUAUACCUUUGUACUUCAAAGAAGUCUCUAAGCAGAUUGCAUCAUUUUUAAAAUGUCACAAAUACACAAUUAAACCACAAUUAAAACCCCACAUUUUGAAGUAACAUUGAACGAUUAGUAAAGAUCGUCUUAGACAUCAAUAUAAACGAAGGCAGCUAACAUUUGGGGAUCAUAAUAACUACUUUUGGGGAGGGGUGUCAGUGGCAGCGAGGGACGUUUGAAGAAGGCAAAUCUCCCCGAGUAAUAUAAAGAUACUGGCAACUGACUGAUGGAGGAUAUUAUAUACUGUAGUUGUUAAGGUAUUUUCAUGUGACCUAGAAAGCUGACACGUAGUCAAAGGCAGCCUGAUAACUGGGACAAUCUGCCAGAGCGACGUUUUGUACCUCUCUUCCUCAAAAAUGGGGAACAUGAUGAAUGUUUUCCCACGUUACUAAAAAUCUAUAAUCUGGUACACAGCCCCAAACACACUCAUUAGAAGAGCAGCUGGGUAUUGGGAGGUUUUCUCACCCAGUACAGUGGUACCUCGGGUUACAGACGCUUCAGGUUACAGACGCUUCAGGUUACAGACUCUGCUAACCCAGAAAUAGUACCUCGGGUUAAGAACUUUGCUUCAGGAUGAGAACGAAAAUCGUGCUCCGGCGGUGCAGCAGCAGCAGGAGGCCCCAUUAGCUAAAGUGGUACCUCAGGCUAAGAACAGUUUCAGGUUAAGAACAGACGUCCAGGACGAAUUAAGUUCUUAACUUGAGGUACCACUGUACUAAGAAUCUGAGUCACAAAGUCAUCUGAGUCACAAAACUGAUAACGGCGUAUAAGAGGCAAAGUCAUGCUUGGGGUGCUGUGACAGACAGGUUUCUGAAGUUCUAGGGCAACUUCGCACUCUUGAAUCAGGCAUGGGUUUGAGGUGAGAAUGGAGAAGAAAGGAGUUAUUGCAGCCGCUGUGAAUGCAUUCCUAGUUCUGCAGAAUCCAAGCUUCGUAGGCAGGCAGGCAGGCAGGCAGAUUGACCUGUGUCUAUGCGCAUUAUCCUAUUCCAAAUCUAAACCCCACAUCUGAUGGCAGCAGUCCAUGGAAGUUCGUGCUGUACUUGGUACCGGCCUGAUUUUGCAAGCAACUCAAGCCCUACAGAAGCACACACUACUUUUGUGUACAGACUGGAGUGGGGGCACCAGGUUGGCAGUGGUGGGACAGAGAGCAGGGACUCCAACAGUAGGUGGAGCUGGCACCAAUAACAGGCAGAACCCACUAGUUAUAUUUUUGUCCCCAUCUUCCUCCUCCCUGUCGGGUGUCAUGGACUGGUUGGACGCAGAGAAAUGGUGGGAGGAACUAGCUGGGGAACUACCAAGGGAAGAAGGCUCAGAUGAGGGCCCUCCAGAUGUUGCUGGACUACAGCUCCCAUCAUCCCAGGCCAUUGGCUAUGCUGGCUGAGGCUGAUGGGAGUUGGAGUCCAUCAGCAUCUGGAGGUCCACAGUUCCCCAUUCCUUUGCUUGAGGACUCCAAUAUGAGGUGGUGGUGCCAGUGAAGAAACAGGCUGCACACAAGCCAAGGAUUUCACUUUGGCAUCCUCUGCAACAUUGCAAUGGGUCUUGAGGUGAACCUCUUGGGUUCUUCGGAAAUUUGGUUCGGGAACUGUUUUCACCAGGGAUAGGGGACAUGUUGUUGUUGGACUACAAAGCCCAUCAUGGCCGAUGGUCAAGAAUGCUGCGACAUGGAGUCCAAGAACAUCUUGGGAGCCACAGGUUCACAGCCCCUGCUUCGCACAGUCGCUGAUUCCAGUGUCGGGCACUGUAUUUGUACACAGCUGGUGGGGAGACCCCAAAACUCUUUAUUCGCAAAUCGGGGAAGGAGGCUGGCAUCUCUUGAUGCUCCCGUAGCUCCUCUUCGGCUUCCUUACCCAAGAAACCAGAGAGGUUAGUUUGCAGAGACAAAGCAAAACCUCUUGCAUUAAACAGCGCUGCUGCU